GAGAGGAAGACGGAGAACAGGUUAUGUGCGAGCCGGCGGGGGCAUUUGCCGGCGACACCCAAGCGGGGGCCGGAAGUGGAGCAGCCGACGGCCGCGCCGCAGGAGCUCCGGGGUAGAUUGUGGCGACGGCGGCGACCCCUCGGCUGGAGGAGGACGAUGAGGAGCGACGGAAGCGGCGCGGGGGAACGCUGCUGCGCGGCGCCCGGUUUCGUGCCCGCGGCCCACUGCGCAGCCUACCCGCAAGUCUGAGAUAUAUACAGAGAGCUACAAUGGAAAAGUCCUGGAUGCUGUGGAACUUUGUUGAAAGAUGGCUAAUAGCCUUGGCUUCAUGGUCUUGGGCUCUCUGCCGUAUUUCUCUUUUACCUUUAAUAGUGACCUUUCAUCUGUAUGGAGGCAUUAUCUUACUUUUGUUAAUAUUCGUAUCAAUAGCUGGUAUCUUAUAUAAAUUCCAGGAUGUAUUACUUUAUUUUCCAGAACAGCCAUCCUCUUCACGUCUUUAUGUUCCCAUGCCCACUGGUAUUCCACAUGAAAACAUUUUCAUCAGAACCAAAGAUGGAGUACGUCUAAAUCUUAUUUUGAUAAGGUACACUGGAGACAGUUCACCCUAUUCCCCAACUAUAAUUUAUUUUCAUGGGAAUGCAGGCAACAUAGGUCACAGGUUACCAAAUGCAUUGCUCAUGUUGGUGAACCUCAAAGUUAAUCUUUUGCUUGUUGAUUAUCGAGGAUAUGGAAAAAGUGAAGGAGAGGCAAGCGAAGAAGGACUCUACUUAGAUUCUGAAGCUGUGCUAGACUAUGUGAUGACUAGACCUGACCUUGAUAAAACAAAAAUUUUUCUUUUUGGCCGUUCCUUGGGAGGAGCAGUGGCUAUUCAUUUGGCUUCCGAAAAUUCACAUAGGAUUUCAGCCAUUAUGGUGGAGAACACAUUUUUAAGCAUACCACAUAUGGCCAGCACUUUAUUUUCAUUCUUUCCAAUGCGUUACCUUCCUUUAUGGUGCUACAAAAAUAAGUUUUUGUCCUACAGAAAAAUCUCUCAGUGCAGAAUGCCUUCACUUUUCAUCUCUGGACUCUCUGACCAAUUAAUCCCACCAGUAAUGAUGAAGCAACUUUAUGAACUCUCCCCAUCUCGGACUAAGAGAUUAGCCAUUUUUCCAGAUGGGACUCACAAUGACACAUGGCAGUGCCAAGGCUAUUUCACUGCCCUGGAGCAGUUCAUCAAAGAAGUUGUAAAGAGUCACUCUCCUGAAGAAAUGGCAAAGACUUCAUCUAAUGUGACAAUUAUAUAAUGUUCCCCUUAUUAAGUUAAUGCGCUGUAUUUUAAGUUGUUCAGAAUGAUAAAGAAUGUUCGUUUCUAGAAGUGUAUGUCUGUACUUGUCUGAAGAGGGACAUUAAACUUUGAAAGGACUUCAGUGCUCCUUUAAGAUGAUCCAAAUCGUUUUUUUUACAUUUGAAGAACUACAGUUCUUGGGAUUAUUUCAUACAUUUUCAUCAAAACUUUCAGUGUGGUUAUGUAUUCAUAUCCUUAGUUUAAUAUGUCAGUAUAAUAGAGAUUAUUCAAAAGUUUCUUGUUGCUAAAGUGAUAUAAUCUAUGUUACACUUAGAUUAAUAGCUGGGGAUGAAAGGAGAUAUGUAAACAAGAAACCUUUGGGUAUUAUUCCUUUAGUAAAUAUUGGGACAAUCAUGGAAAGCAAACUUAGUUCUGUAACUGCAUUUUUUACCUUAAAAGUUAUAAUGAAAUGCAUGAUGGUAUUUUAUUCCUUGAAUUAUGCAAUGCAACAUUUUUAAUGUAAAUAGCACUGGCCAUAUACUAAUGUAUAUGGUUUCCUGAGUUAUAUCUAUUUUUAUGUAAACUCUAUUUUGUUUUUGGCAAGAAGUGAAAUUGAGGCCUAUGUGCAGGUUGCCAUUGAAUUUUGCUGUGGUCAGUGCCGAGAUCCAGCUUUUUCUUCAAAUAAAUGGGACCCUGUUUUCCAAUAUAAAUGUACUGUGUUUUUGUUAGGUAUAAGUCUGGAUCAUGGCAUGUAGAAAUAGAAAUUUAGAAUUUUACUGCAGCUUUGCCAUGCGUAUUUGAACUUUUUAACAUUUGUACUUUUGGUGGCAAAGAAAAUUUUAGCUUCUGUCAAUUUUGUAUGUCUACAACUGAACUACUAAUAGCAGUCACAAUGAAGAUUAGAAUUUGCUUAAGAAUUAAGUUAGGAAGGUUUAUUGUUACAUGAUUGUACAUACCAUUUUACAAAAAUUCCCACAUUUGAUUUUGAGUCCCAGUACCUAGAUAUAGCUAACCCACCUAAGGAGAGAUGUCAUUCAUUGGACUUUUUAAAAAAUAAAAGUUGCAAAAACAAAAGCAAAAAAACUGUGCUUGGUUUAAUAUUCCAAUUAAUUCCACAGAGCUCCUGUGUCAAAAGAUAAUUUUAGGAGUCUUAAUUCAUUCUAAAAUUUUUUACAUGUAGGAAUGUGGGAAUGAAGGCAUUGUGGAUCGUUUUGACAUAGAACCUAUUACCACGUUUAAUAAUUAAUAGCUGUAGGUGGGAAAUAGUAUUUAGACAUAUAGAAGAGUAAGAAAAUUCUUACUUAAAGUCCCUUGAAACUUGCAGGAUUUACCUUAAUAAAAUUAUAAGCUCAGAGGCAUAAUUGUGCCAAGUUGUUUCAAGCAGUCCUCAAAAAUUAGAUAUAAUUGAGCUCUGUACAUUAUUACGUCAGCUUUAACAUAUAACAUUUUGAAUAUUUUAGCUAUAUUUAUUGGCUUUCUGCAAGCAGCAAGAGCAGAGAAAUAAUGAGUCAAUAAUCUUGACCUCAAUUUAAAACUCUUUUCAUGGAGAUAGGGCUAGAAAUACUUUUGUUAAAUAGCAUUCUUAUUCACUUUAUUGCCAGUAUUUAGAAAAAAUAAAUUAUAGCAAGUAUGAUUUCUAUAGAAUAAUGUUUUUCUAUAAAUUAUUAAUUGUAAAAGCCGUGCUUUUUAAAAAGAGUUGGUAACAUAUAGUGGAAGGUAUAUUUUGUAUGUAUAAAUUCACCACAAUUAAAGGCUACUUUUCAUUUGUUGAUUAUUGUUACAUAGAAUGACUAUCCUAAGUAGUAAUGUAUUAAAGAAAAAAAUUAAUACAACAAAUUAAGACAACAAAAUCUAUAUUUAGACAUGAGCUUACCUGGCACACCUUAUACUUAUUUUUUAAAGUUUACAAAGUACCUUCUUAUGUUUGCAUGAAAUCAUUUAGUCUGCUACACUGUGGAGGAAUUUAUCAACUUUAGUUGUAAAUACUAUGCUGAUGAAGUAUAAAAGCUUUUUCUUCAUCAGUUUUUGUUUUUAUGCUGCUUUUUUUGUUUGUUCUUCAUAUUCCAGGUUUAUAAACCAUCUCUUUUAUUCUUUUAAACCAGGACUUCAAAAGUUGUGGCGUACUUGUGUACCAUCCUCUACCUUCAUUCUUUUCUUAAAGAGGCUCUCUUUCUGCAGCAGAGGGCACAGGCUGUGUCUAGGGUUGUAGUACAUCUUCCUUUACUAGCUUCUGUGUUUGAGACAAUUUUCUUACAUGGGAAAGGGUGGAAAACAAACUUUUUAUCAGGGGUCCAUGAAGCCUAUGGCAUCAUUUUUUAAAACAUUUCUUAGUUUGUAGCUGAAUCAAUUGGUCUUAGUAAAAUGUGUCUUCUUCAUGAAUCACUUCUUCAUUUUGGACCCAUCUCUUAGUGGGGAUGGAAGUGCAUCCACCUUGUGUAUUAAUUUCUGGCUCAUUUAUCCCAGAGCAGCUAUAGGACUUUACAAAUGAAUUUUAAAUUAUUAAACUACUGUAAGUUUGGAAAUCCUGGAAUGGUCUUAAAUAUGGUAAGAUACAGUUAAUUUAGAAUAAAAUCCACAAUCUGGUAUUUCAAAGAGGAUUAUUGGGAGGAAGAAUGAAGAAAAAAGGAUACUGGAAAGAUGCUGCAGAAUCAGGGAAGAAAUAAUUUGUGACAGGUAAAAAAAAGAAAAUGCUAAUAGGAUAGAAGCAUCUAGAAAGGGAAACGUGACACAGUUCUUAAAUGUCACUAUAGGAAAUAACUGAUGAUGUUGGUGAAAAAGAAACUUAGUACAAAACAAAACAUUUGAACACAAAGCUUUUCUGACAAAGAAAAUGACUGGGGCACCUGACAUUGCAACUACCCUGUGUUUUUGCAAAUAUAUUUUUAACUGUAAAAUCAACAUUUUCAUUAAAAUGGUGUUCUGAAUUUCAUUACAGGGCAGCUUAAAUUUAUCAUGAUGAGCUGUAGACACUUGAUAAUUACACAAAUUACAGCUUUGGUAAUGGGUCACUGGAGUAAUUUUAAUAUUUUUUGUUGGGAAUCCAUACCAUCUGAUGCCUUGUAUUCAUUUCUCAUAUUUGUAAGAUUUGACUUGGGUAGUAAUAGGUUUGGUGGAAUUAAAGAAUGAAGGCCAUAUUCAACUUUUUAUGAAUUACCUUGCAGCCUCAGACAGUUUAACAGUAGUUUAUAUUACUAAGUCCUAUUCCUCUUUGAGGUUAGGAAUAAAUAAGAUAAACUUUUUAAAAGGAUGUCAUAGAAGUCACUUUUUCAUAUAGGCCAUAAUUGAGAUACUGAAAUCCUCCACUGAUUUUUCUCCUCUCUCUUUUUCUUGUUACGUUCGAUAAGUAUAAGAGAAAAACUCUGAAAGAAAAAAUUAUUCACAACCCUUUUAGAUUAUCCACUUAAAUUUAUGUAUUUUCAUAUCACUCAGGUAAAGUUGGAAGUGACAAAGCACAGACAUCUAUUUUUUAAAUUGAUAGGGUAGAAAAUGAAAAGCACUUCUGUUUAUUCUUAUUACCAUAUAUGCACAUUGUCUUAGCUAAUCAGAAAUAAUACAUUUAUUUGUAUGGCAAAAUAAAUGCAGUCCUUAUACUAGUCAACACAUUUUUGCCAAAUGGCUCAAAUAUACCUCCAUUUAUAUUUUGUAUCUUAAAAAUGUAGUUUAAAAAUAGAACUAUGUAUAAGGGACACUUUUUUACAAAAAGUGCCAUCUAUACAUAUGUAACGGGUCAGUGUGUAUUUGACAUAAUUUAUAGCAGAAUUUCUGUCAGUACAGCAUAUACUGAAAAUUCAAGUUGUCUUCGACAUGUUUAAGUAUAUUCAAUAUAAAUAAGUUAAUCCAAUUUCAUAAUGUAAAUCAUAUUUUUGUUAUUUGACAUAUUUUAUUUGAAGCAGUAAUAAAAUUUUAUAACUCAAAUUUGAAUGUUUUAGUACAUUGUGUGCUAAUCAUGGCAAGCAAACAUUUACAUUUGUUUUUUUCAAUAAAUUUCUUUUAAAAUAUACUUUAUAUUUUUCUGUACUGACAUGCAAUAAAUUGAUUCAUUAAAAGUUUGAUUAAUGUC